CGAGGGCGGGUCUGUCCUCAGCAGUGUGAGGAGCGCCACGGUCGAGGUCAGAUCUCGCCGGUGACCAUAUCGACACCUUAUUCCGUAUCGUGCCAUCGAACAUGUCUCGUCUAACAACGUUCCUGACGGCACUGUGGCUGUCAGCGGCGUCAGCGCAGCUCGGCAUCUUAAAGAACAUCCAGAAGGGAGCCACCAAUGAGGUGCAGGCUGUCAUGGACCCCGUGGGGAAAGGCAUCGCUUUUGUUGGAAAUAGUCAAUGUGGCAACGUGAAGAAGUUAACAGGAGUGGACUACGACUCGUACUCGCAGGAGCCCGACAUGAGCAAGCUGGCACUCGUCUUUAUAAGCAGGUCGAUAUCCGUGACAUAUAACCUCAGCGACGCAGCGCGACUGAUCCCGCUGUCCCGGGGGUUCAACCCCAACAACCCCUUCAGGAUCUUCCUGCACGGCUUCACCGAUGACCCCACCAAGGACAGCUACAAGAACAUCAGCAAUGCUUUCCUUGCUCAAGGAGACUGUAACAUCCUGGCGCUGGAUGCGAGCUCGCUGAUCCGCUGGCUGUACCUGCGCUCCACCACCAUGACGCGCUUCAUCGGAGAGAAGCUCGGAGCAAUGUUAGCGGCACUCGUCAACGCGGGCGUCGACCCUUCCAACAUCCACUUGAUCGGACACAGCCUGGGCAGCCACAUCUCAGGGUUCACGGGCAAGACGUUCCGCAACCUGACGGGGACCCUCAUCGGCAGGAUAUCAGGCCUGGACCCCGCGGGACCCUGCUUCGCAGACCUGGAGGUGGCCUUGAGACUGAGCAAGGAAGACGCGGAGUUUGUGGAUGUCAUUCAUACUGAUGCAGGAGUCUAUGGACUUGAUGAAGAGAUUGGUCACGUGGACUUCUACCCGAACAGCGGUUCGGAGCAGCCGAACUGCCUGUUCCAGACGUGCAGCCACAGCCGUGCGUGGCUCCUGUACGCCGAGUCGGUGCUGAAUCGCGAUGCCUUCCUCGCUGCCAAGUGUACUGAUUACGAGGACUUCAGGAAAGGACAGUGCGACUACAAUGAUACUAGGGUAAUGGGAUACUUCUGUCCCCCGGACUCCAGGGGGAAGUACUACCUACAGACGGCAGACGAGAUCCCAUACGGCCGAGGAUCAGAAGGUCUGAAGUAUGUGAACAACGCGGGUAUUGUCAGAAAUAUUAAAUACGUGCUCACGGGAUAAACUAACUACUGUUGGAAGAAGCUCGUUUUUAAGGCUGGUGCUUAAUUGUAAAUGUCAAAGAAUGAACAAGUCUGCCUAGUCUUAGCCAGUUUGUGAUGAAACUCUUAAUUUAAGUCAGUCAUCUCUUAAAGUAUUGUUGUUAUUAAUAAAAGGAUUUUAUAAU